AUGUUUGCUAAUCUAUUCUGUAUUUCAUUAUCAGGUGGUAUUACUUUGUUACUUGGCACAGCAAGGGUUGCCUCAAAUUACAAAUUUAAUGAGACUCCUUCACACGAGGAGUAUUUAUCAAAGGAUAUCUCUGAUAUAAGUCGGAUUAUACACCUCGAAGAGAUUGAUAGUAUUCCGUGGGAAACGGAACAACCUGGAAACAGCUCCAGUAUUUGCACAAAAACAUUGCAAAGUGACUAUGAGAAUGCAGUAUAUGGUUUAUCAGAACAUUUUGGUUGUGAUGUGAAUUCAAUUUCGUCCGCUUUAUUCGACUAUAGUAAGCAUCCUCUCUCCGGACCCCCUCUAGACCACAAUUUGCAAAAUAAGCAACACAUUGGGACUACACCAGGUUGUACAAGAGCAAAGCUAGCUGCACGUUGCAGUUCGUUUCUAAAAUUGGCAAAUUGUAUCUACUCUAACUAUAUAGAGUAUGCUAGGAAGGCUAAAACGCAGCUUGCAUUAUCAAAUGACGCCAUAAAAGUCUUUGAAAUUUAUCCAAACAACAACUUGAUCAACAAAUACAACAGUGUUGCGGGAGGUGGUAUUGGAUUUUUGUUUAGGGAAUUUUUAGGAAGCGUUUGUGCUUUUGUCCAUAACGCAUGUGACUUACUUCAUCCUCAGUUUAAGUUUGACGAAGAACACCGUAAGUCACAGGCUUGUAUAGUAUUUGAUAUAAUAACGCCAUUGAAGGGAUAUAACAGCUUAUUCGAUAAAGCCCUUCCAGCAAAGAGGAGACUGGAAUUGGUAACUGAAGAGAAAAAGGCAUUUUUAAACUACUAUAACCACAGGGUCCCAGAACUUGUUCUGUCACAGAUUGAUAUCCCUCUUCUAGAACCAUUCAAUAAAUCUUCUAAACUGAGGGAUUAUAGAGUUGGCCUAUGUAAUACUCGAUGUCAAACUAUAUCACAAUUGCACAGUGAACGCGAAAAUAACAAGGAAUACAGCGCCGCUGGUCGUUAUCGCAUAUACGCAAUUUGCGUCCAGCUCGCCAUAUAUUGCAAUAUAUGCAAACUUUGCGAGUCAAUUGGUGUUAAGCUUAAUUAA